AAAAACUUUUCGUGCAAUUCAUUAUAUUAUAUUUCUACUUCUACUCUUCAGUCUAGAAAAAUAGCAUAUUUGAAUUUUUUGAGCUAAAAUUUGAAUUGUAAUAUUACUGCCUAAAAGUUUUCAUCUGAUAAUCUGAUUCUCAUGAUGUGUACUCCUAUCUAGUUAAACACAAUGAUGUAGCAAUAUUAGCAAAAUAUAAUUGACUUCUGUGAAUAUGUGUAUUGUCACUAUCUUGUAUUUUUCUAAGGUAGAGUCUUUAUCAUAUAUAAAAAUGGAAAAAAUGAGAGAAUUACGAAUGCAAGUUCAACAAAAUCAACGAGAAGUCGGAGAUUUUUUAAAAGAUCUUGAUUCUUGGACAACUGACAUAAAGACAAAGGAUGAAAGUUUGAAAACUAUGAAGCCAAAAGAAAAAGCAGCUUCUGCAUAUCCUCCUGUUCGAAGUAAAGGAAUUGUAGAAAAAGUCAAGAAAAAGAGAGAAAAUCAAGAAAAGAAAGAAGAAAGAAUAAAGUCCUCAGAUUACAGGAAAUGGGACAAGUUAGAUGUGGAUGCAAUGCUGAAACAAGUAGAUGAAGAUGAGAAAGAAAUGGAAGAAGAAAUACAAUUGGAAGUUGAAAAACUUGACGAAGCAAGAAAAGCAAAAGUUGCAACAGAAAUGAAACAAAAGGGAAAUGAACAUUUCAAAAACUCUGGAUAUGAAGCUGCGAUAGAAUGCUAUACAACUGGAAUGCAGGCUGAUCCAUCCAACCCUGUUUUUCCUGCAAACAGAGCGAUGGCAUAUUUGAAGUUGAAAAAGUAUGUUGAAACUGAAGCAGAUUGCACACUUGCUCUCUCACUUGAUCCAACUUAUACAAAAGCAUAUUUAAGAAGAGGAACAGCCAGAGUUGCUUUAGCGAAACUGUCAAGUGCGAGAAAAGAUUUUAUGGAUGCAUUGAAAUUGGAACCUGGAAACGGCCAAGCAAGCAAUGAAAUAAAAAAACUGGAUGAGCUUGAAAAUAUUGGCAAGAAGCCGAAAAUAAAGUCGUCAUCAGAGGUCAGAGACACCACAAUGAAGAAGGAUCCGAAAUAUGUCUAUCCAAUUUUUAUUCCACCCAAAUUGCGUUCAAAGAAACCUUUGAUGAGAGUAGAAGUACAAGAAAUAGGUUAUGAGGAAGAAAAAAGUAAAUUAAAUGCAAACAUCGUUGAUCUGGAUUUUAUUAUGAAGAGAGAAAAGAUAGACAAUUCGGAAAUGAAAGAAAAUAAAACGACCAAACUGAAACUCAAACCUAUUAUUUCUGUUAUGACUGAUUCGAAGCAAAAUUCAUCAAGCAUGAACGAUAUAAAAAUGGAAAGUAAAAGACUGGUGGAAGAAAUGGAAUCUGAAAAUAUUUCAAGUAAAUUGACCAAUGGUGUGGAUACUAAUGUAAAUGCUAUUGGGGAUAACUGUCAUAUCGAUAAUACAAAAUCAUUGACAAAUAAAAACUCAAAAGGGCCUGCUUCGUCAAAAAAAGUUUUCGAGUCAAAAAGCUUAGAAAGAACUGGUGAAUUGGAAGAUGCAGUUCAGGUGAUUUUACCUCCAUGUCCAACGACUUCAUUCCAAUUCCAAGCUCAAGUCAAAAAGUUGAUGAAUGUGCCUGGAAUAUUGUACAAAUAUAUGUUGCAAAUACCACCUUCACAGAUUCCUGGUUUAUUGAAAGAACAAUUGGAAACGGAGACACUGAUGCCAGUGUUGAAUUGCUUUCAUACAAACUGUGAUGGGAAUGAGAUUGUCUUCGAUUAUUUAAAUCAAUUCACAAAGGUGAAAAGAUUUGAGAUGACGGUAUUGUUCAUGUCAGAUAGUGAGAAAAAAGAUGUGAAAUCACUGUUCGAACUUCUGGAAAACACUUUACCUGGGAAGAAAGUCGACUUGAAAUUGUUGAGUAAAAAAUAUGGAUUGUGAUUUUUUUAGCCUUCGUAGUUUUGCAAUAAAAUUAAUUUAUUUUCUAUAUUUUUCGAUUGCGAAUUAUAGCGCUAUUUGUUAAUUGAUCGUGCAACGUUGCGGUCGACGCGAGAAUUGUAAAUGUCUUGUCGAAAUCCACAUGUUGUCAUGACGACGCACUUAUCUUAAAUGCUUUAGCCUGAUCCCAGUGUGUCGGCGAGCGGACCAGACCGGACAAUUGAGAUGUUUUGUCGUGCUUGAUAGUACAUCGACUUCGGAGGAUAAAUUUAAUAUAUAUACCAAGCACGUCACGGUUUAUAUCGGACAGGUAAGACAGAAUGAAGCCGCAUAUGUCCAUAAUAUACGGUACUGUAUAAUUGUGGCGGUCAAGUUGACGAGAAUAUAUCAAUUGUG